AUGGCUACAGACUUUUCGAAGAACGUGGAGGAGAGGCCCGAGCCUUUUCAGGCAGAAGUGAAAGGAAGUAUCCCCAGUUGGCUGCAAGGCACACUCUUGCGCAAUGGCCCUGGUAUUUUUUCUGUGGGGGAGAGCAGCUACGACCACUGGUUUGAUGGGAUGGCACUCAUGCACAGCUUCGCCUUUAACAACGGUGAAGUGAUCUACAGAAGCAGAUACCUUAGAAGUGAUACCUACAAAGCAAACAUGGCUGCAAACAGAAUUGUUGUGUCUGAAAUGGGAACAAUGGCCUAUCCAGACCCAAGCAAGAACUUCAUUGUCAAAGCAAUUACCUUUCUCAACCACACGGUGCCCGACUUCACUGACAACGGUGCAAGCAAUUUCAUUAAAUAUGGGAAUGAUUAUUAUGCCACCUCUGAAACCAACUACAUCCGCAAGAUUGAUCCUGUGACCCUGGAAACCCAAGAUAAGGUGGACUACAUGAAGUUCCUGCCUGUAAACCUGGCCUGUUCCCAUCCACACUAUGACAAAGAGGGCAACGCUUACAACAUUGGGACUUCAAUAGCAGAGAAGGGAAAGACAAAAUACACGCUGUUCAAAGUCCCUGCUGCCUCAGAGAAAGACAAAGGCAAGAAUGUCCCUGCACUGAAGAAUGUGGAAGUGAUCAGCACGGUUCCCUGCCGCUCCCUCCUUACGCCCAGUUACUACCACAGCUUCGGCAUGACGGACAACUACUUGAUCUUCAUUGAGCAGCCUUUCAAACUGGACAUCCUCAAGAUGGCUACUGCAUACAUGAGGGGAGUCAACUGGGCAAGCUGCCUGAAGUUCUGCCCUGAGGAAAAUACUCUGAUCCACCUGAUAGACAGAAAGACCGGCAAAGAGGUAGAGACUAAGUACUACACUGGAGCAAUGAUCGUCUACCAUCACGUAAACGCUUACGAGGACAACGGUCAUGUCAUCUUCGAUAUCAUCGCCUACAGUGACUGCAGCCUUUAUGACAUGUUCUACCUCAGUAAGCUGAAGCAAAAUGCCGAAUUCCACGAUGAUUCCUACUCAAAACCAGGCUAUCAGAGAUUUGCGCUUCCUAUCCAGUCAGACAAGAGCGCUGCGGUUGGAGAGGAUCUGGUGAAACUCAAAUACACAACAGCCAGUGCUGUGAAGGAAAAAGAAGGCAAACUAAUGUGUCAGGCAGAGGUGCUUUGUCAAGGUUUUGAAUUACCCAGGAUUAAUUAUGACAUCAAUGGCAAGAAGCACCGGUUCGUCUACGGAAACUGUGUUGAGGAAUCUGCACUUUCAAAACAGAUUGCAAAGUUUGACACAGAAACCAAGGAAAUGGUUUACUGGGGUGAAGACAACUGCUGGCCAUCAGAACCAGUAUUCAUCCCCAGACCCAAUGGAGAAUCAGAGGAUGAUGGUGUGGUCUUAACAUCAGUUAUCAACACCAAUCCAGGCCAGACUGGUUUCAUUCUGGUUCUUGAUGGCAAAACAUUCAAGGAGGCAGGCCGCGCAUACGUGAACACUCCACUCCACAAAGAUAUGCAUGGAUUUUUUAUCCCACAAGGAAAUUAGUACGGGUAUGUAAAUGCCUUUGACCAACUUCCAAAACUAGAUCAGUGUCAAAAAUAUGGGACACAGGAAUAUGUGU